CUGUGGAUCUUCUCUAAUGGCGAUCUGUGGAUUUACUGUCACUACAAUAAUCUCCACAGCGGAGUGAAGCGCGUCCUCGACGCCCGGAUGUUGCGGAGACGCGCUCGUGGUAAACCUUCAUCAUCAUCAUCAUCUUCAUCCACAGCACUUUAAACAUGACAGAUGGGAUGUUUUCAUAACAUCACACGACACGGAGUUAUCCAUGUGGAGGAGGAGAUGAAGGAGUCAGAAGAACUGAAUGAAGGGCCAAAGUAUGCCAGCGGCACCAGAGCAGCCACCUGUAGAGAUGCCCCUCUCAUCAGCCAUCAGUCUCCGGCUCAGUCCGCUGCGCUCUCCUGGCAAGCGGCGAUUCACGCGGCGAGACAUUCCCAGGGCACAUCGGUCGUCCCGUCGGCUCCGGCCGGCUCGCUGGCCCAGAGGAAACGGCAGCAGUACGCCAAAAGCAAGAAGCAGGGGAGCACCACCAACAGCAGACCACCCAGAGCACUUUUCUGCCUGACCCUGAGUAACCCCGUACGCAGAGCGUGCAUUAACCUGGUGGAGUGGAAACCUUUUGAUAUCUUUAUACUGCUGUCCAUUUUUGCCAAUUGUGUGGCCUUAGCUAUUUACAUUCCCUUUCCUGAAGACGACUCCAACUCAACGAAUAGUGAUUUGGAAACAGUAGAAUAUGCCUUUCUGAUCAUUUUCACGAUUGAGACCUUCCUCAAGAUCAUUGCUUAUGGACUGGUCAUGCACCAGAACUCCUAUGUGAGAAAUGGCUGGAACAUGUUGGAUUUUGUUAUCGUCAUUGUGGGUCUUUUCAGCGUGGUGCUGGAGCUGCUAACCAAAGAUCGAGAUCUUUCCGGAGGGAAGCCAGGUGGAUUUGACGUGAAGGCUUUACGCGCCUUUAGGGUUUUGCGGCCCCUCCGCCUCGUCUCCGGAGUGCCAAGUCUACAGGUGGUGCUGAACUCCAUCAUUAAAGCCAUGGUUCCGCUGCUACACAUCGCUCUGCUCGUUCUGUUCGUCAUCAUCAUCUACGCCGUCAUCGGCCUUGAGCUCUUCAUUGGGAAGAUGCAUGCCACCUGCUAUCUUAAUGGCACACGAACAUUUGCAGAAGAGGAUCCCACCCCGUGUUCUCUUUCAGAUCACGGCCGCCACUGUCCUUUCAAUGGUACUGUGUGCAGGGACGGCUGGCACGGGCCCAACAACGGCAUCACAAACUUUGACAACUUCCUGUUUGCCAUGCUGACAGUGUUCCAGAGUAUCACUAUGGAGGGCUGGACAGAUGUGCUGUAUUGGAUGAAUGAUGCUAUGGGCUCAGAGUUGCCCUGGGUCUAUUUUGUCAGUCUGGUCAUCUUUGGCUCGUUCUUCGUCCUCAAUCUGGUACUGGGUGUUCUCAGCGGAGAGUUUUCUAAAGAGCGCGAGAAAGCGAAGGCUCGUGGAGAUUUCCAAAAACUGAGAGAGAAACAGCAGUUAGAGGAAGAUCUGAAGGGCUAUCUGGACUGGAUCACACAGGCUGAAGAUAUCGACCCUGAUAUUGAUGAGGAGGGGGAUCAGGAGGCCAAACACAACCCAAACAUUCCCACGAGCGAGACAGAAUCUGUCAACACAGAAAACCCAAGAGAGGAAGAGAAGAUCUUCUGCUGUGGACCUGUCUGUCAAAAAAUGACAAAGUCAAAGUUCAGCCGCUGGCGGUGCUGGAACAGGUUCUGUCGCAGAAAAUGCAGAGCUGUGGUCAAGUCCACCAUCUUUUAUUGGCUGGUCAUCGUGUUGGUGUUUCUGAACACACUGACCAUAUCAUCUGAGCAUUACAACCAACCCGACUGGCUCACAGAGGUCCAGGAUGUGGCUAAUAAGGUUCUAUUAGCCCUGUUUACAUGUGAGAUGCUGAUCAAGAUGUACAGUCUGGGACUUCAGGCCUACUUUGUGUCGCUCUUCAACCGGUUCGACUGUUUUGUGGUCUGUGGAGGCAUCGUGGAGACCAUCCUCGUGGAGUUGGAGUUUAUGUCUCCUCUUGGCAUCUCUGUUUUCCGCUGCGUUCGUCUCCUCAGAAUCUUCAAAGUCACUCGUCACUGGGCAUCUUUGAGUAACCUGGUGGCAUCUCUGUUGAACUCCAUGAAGUCCAUCGCAUCUCUGCUUCUGCUGCUCUUUCUCUUCAUCAUCAUCUUCAGUCUGCUGGGAAUGCAGCUCUUCGGCGGCAAGUUUAACUUUGACGAGACUGUAACCAAACGCAGCACCUUUGAUAACUUCCCUCAAGCGCUGCUCACUGUGUUUCAGAUCUUGACAGGUGAGGACUGGAAUGCAGUGAUGUAUGAUGGGAUCAUGGCAUACGGGGGUCCGUCCUCCUCUGGCAUGCUCGUGAGCAUCUACUUCAUCAUCCUCUUCAUCUGUGGAAAUUAUAUCUUACUGAACGUCUUCUUGGCCAUCGCUGUGGAUAACCUGGCAGACGCUGAGAGUCUGAACUCAGCCCAGAGAGAGCAAGAGAAGAACAACAAGAGGAGGAAGAGUAUGAUGAAGAAAGAAGAAGACGCAAACACAACGGUGUCUGUAGAUGUGGAUGCUGAUGAAGGUCAUACAGAGGACAUGAGCGACUAUACAGGUGAGGAUGAAAAGGACGAGCGUGAGAUCUCCUCAGGACCGCGGCCUCAGAGACUCUCAGACCUCAGUCUCAAAGAAAAGACGCCACCCAUUCCUGAGGGCAGUGCCUUCUUCAUCUUCAGCAGAUCCAACCCGAUUCGUGUGCUGUGUCAUAGACUGAUCAAUCAUCAGAUCUUCACCAACCUCAUCCUCAUCUUCAUCAUGCUGAGCUCUGUCUCGCUGGCAGCCGAGGAUCCCAUCCGUAACUCAUCUGCCAGAAACAUCGUUCUGGGUUAUUUUGACUACGCCUUCACUGCUAUAUUUACAGUAGAGAUCCUGCUGAAGAUGAUGGCGUUUGGUGCUUUCCUGCACAAAGGAGCUUUUUGCCGGAGUUACUUCAAUUUAUUGGACCUGCUGGUGGUUGGAGUCUCCCUUGUUUCUUUCGGAAUACAAUCAUCUGCCAUUUCAGUGGUGAAAAUAUUGAGGAUUCUGCGUGUGCUUCGACCUCUCAGAGCCAUCAACAGAGCCAAAGGACUCAAACAUGUGGUUCAGUGUGUGUUUGUGGCCAUCAGGACGAUCGGUAACAUCAUGAUUGUGACCACGCUCCUUCAGUUCAUGUUCGCUUGUAUGGGCGUUCAGCUCUUCAAGGGCAAGUUUUAUGGCUGCACAGACGAUGCCAAGUCAAGCCCGGAGGACUGCAGAGGGAUGUUCAUCGUGUACAGUAUCGGUGAGAUGGCACUGCCGCAGGUGCGAGAGAGACUGUGGUACAACAGCGACUUUAACUUUGACAAUGUGCUGAUGGCUAUGAUGGCGCUCUUCACCGUCUCCACGUUUGAGGGCUGGCCAAGUUUGCUGUACAGAGCCAUCGACUCACACAGGGAGAACAUGGGUCCCAUUUACAACUACCGUGUGGAGAUCUCCAUCUUCUUCAUCAUUUACAUCAUCAUCAUUGCCUUCUUCAUGAUGAACAUCUUUGUGGGUUUUGUCAUUGUGACGUUUCAGGAGCAGGGCGAGAAAGAGUACAAUAACUGUGAGCUGGAUAAGAACCAGCGUCAGUGUGUGGAGUAUGCUCUGAAAGCCCGUCCGUUGAGGAGAUACAUCCCUAAAAACCUCUACCAGUACAAGUUCUGGUAUGUGGUGAACUCCACCGGAUUCGAGUACGUCAUGUUUGUGCUCAUUGUCCUUAAUACAGUCUGUCUGGCUGUCCAGCAUCACGGCCAGUCGCGUCUGUUCAACUACGCCAUGGACAUUUUGAACAUGGUGUUCACUGGAGUCUUCGCAGUGGAAAUGAUCCUCAAACUGGUCGCCUUUAAACCGAGGCAUUAUUUCGCUGAUGCGUGGAACACCUUUGACGCUCUGAUUGUUGUUGGUAGCAUCGUUGACAUCGCAAUCACAGAGAUCAAUAACACGGAGGACAGCGCCAGAAUCUCCAUCACAUUCUUCCGUUUGUUUCGUGUCAUGCGGUUGGUGAAGCUGUUGAGCAGAGGCGAGGGCAUUCGAACGCUCUUAUGGACUUUCAUCAAAUCUUUUCAGGCUCUUCCAUACGUGGCUCUUCUCAUAGCGAUGCUCUUCUUCAUCUAUGCCGUCAUUGGAAUGCAGGUGUUUGGGAAGAUUGCCAUGGUGGAUGGCACCAGUAUAAAUCGUAACAAUAAUUUCCAGACGUUUCCUCAAGCCGUGCUCCUGUUGUUCAGAUGUGCGACAGGUGAAGCGUGGCAGCAGAUCAUGUUGGCUUGUCUGCCGGGUAAACAGUGCGACUCUGAGUCAGAAUAUAACCCUGGAGAAGAGAAGACCUGCGGAAGCAACUUCUCCAUCGUCUUCUUUAUCAGCUUUUACAUGCUCUGUGCUUUUCUGAUCAUUAAUUUGUUUGUUGCCGUCAUCAUGGACAAUUUUGACUACCUGACACGUGAUUGGUCCAUUCUCGGACCACAUCAUCUAGAUGAGUUCAAGAGGAUUUGGUCAGAAUAUGACCCUGAGGCCAAAGGACGUAUCAAACACCUAGAUGUGGUGACGUUACUGCGCAGGAUUCAGCCUCCGCUCGGCUUCGGCAAACUGUGUCCUCAUAGAGUCGCCUGCAAGAGAUUGGUUGCUAUGAACAUGCCGUUAAAUAGUGACGGUACGGUGAUGUUCAACGCCACCCUGUUUGCUCUGGUGAGAACUGCUCUGAAAAUCAAGAAUGAAGGCAAUCUGGAACAAGCCAAUGAGGAGCUACGAUCUGUUAUCAAGAAGAUCUGGAGGAGAACCAGCAUGAAACUUCUGGACCAAGUGGUGCCACCUGCUGGAGAUGAUGAGGUCACUGUGGGAAAGUUUUACGCCACUUUCUUGAUUCAAGACUACUUCAGGAAAUUCAGGAAACGCAAGGAGCAGGGACUUGUUGGAUGUCAACCCCAUUUCAACACCACAACGGCUCUACAGGCCGGUCUGCGCACGCUGCAUGACCUCGGCCCGGAGAUCCGUCGAGUCAUAUCAUGUGACCUACAGGAUGAAGGUCUAGUAGAUGGCUACCUUGAAGAGGAGGAAGACAUAUAUAGGAGGAAUGGACUUGUGUUUGCAAAUCACGUGAGCGGCGAGCAGUCGCACAACAGCAGCGCCACACAGCGUCCUCUCCAGCUUCCACUCGCAGUGUCUCAGGAAUACUGUCUGUCAAUCCCAGACGCCAAACCACCCAACAACAUCAUCAACAAUGCCAACCCAUCUCAGAACAGCCUCGUGUCUUCUCUCAGCUCAUACCUCAACCUCAGGAGUGCUGGAGAGUUUCACCGCCGAGCUCACAGGCCAGACUCUUGUGCUGUUGGGUACCCGAGCAUCCACAUAGAAAACUCCAACCCUGAUGACAUCAGCGAUGACACACGGAGCUCAGGGGAAUGUCACAGUGAUGAGGAAAACAGCUCAUACAGAGCCGCUGAGGACAAUGGAAGUGAAUGUGGUCGACUCAUAUACCCUCAGUCUCCAAGACGCCCCCUUUUAUCCUCAUCUCAAACCUCUCACAGACCAACGUUCCAUUUUGAGUGUCUGUGUAAACAGAGCAGUUUAGAUGAGAUGUCUCGACCGACAGAUCUACCAUCACAGCGACAGGUAAAGGCAGAGACUGGACAUGAAUCUAGUCGAGCACGAUUCUCUCCAACUCGCUCCAUCCGCUCAUGGGUCACACCCCCAGCCACGCCUCCACCCUACACCCCUCUCCAUCAGACCCCGCCCAGUGCCAGUAGCACUCCAGGAUUGGCACAGCGGACCUUUUGGAAUUUCCAGCAGGGCUCCGAUUGGUUGCCACGCUCCCCGUCUCCAUCCCACCUGCAGAUUAUGUCUGGCUUGUGUGGUUCACACCUGCAGCAUCGGGGCAGCGCUCACAGUCUGGUGGAAGCGGUUUUGAUAUCUGAAGGACUGGGCAAAUAUGCAAAGGAUCCGAAGUUUGUUACUGUCACCAAACAUGAGAUCGCUGAUGCUUGUGAAAUGACAGUUGAUGAAAUGGAAAGUGCUGCUAGUAACUUACUGAAUGUCACAAUAGGCCACGGAGCAGAGCCGUAUGAAGCGGACUCGUGUUUUAGCAACAAGGAUCUCAGCCUCUGUGACUACAGCGAUGAGGAGACAAACCCGAGCAGCAAACCCGAGGAGGAUCUAUCAGACGAAAUGAUAUACAUCUCCGCUUUAUAGCGAAGAACUAAAAGUGAAGAAUGGAAUCGUGCCUUUAUCAGCAUUGUCAUGGAGAGAGGAGCUCUUUACAUCAAGAGCUCAAUGUGACAACGGAACCAGCUUGUGUUUUUCUGUUCUUUGGUGGACUUAAGAGCAGGGGCCUCAUUUUUCAAGCGUGCUUACGCACGGAGUGGAUCAAAGAGUGUGCAUACUCAAAAAUCCACAGAAAAGCACAGAUUUAUAAAAAUGGUCUUUGGAGUGGAAAACUACUUAGUGCCACGCCGGGGUCUGAGCAGACACAAACACUUUUGCUUGUUGGAAAUAGAAGCCAUUCUUGCCGCUCGUAUAGGAUUUGGAAGUUGACAGGUGCUUAUUCAUAUAUUAAUGACAUUAAAGGUAUAGUUCACCCAAAAAUUAAAAUUCUUGAUAGUUUCAAAUCUGUGUAAAUGUCUUUGUUCGGUUGAACAUAAGGUUAUUUAGAAGAAAGUUAGCAAUUUCCAGUUUUGGGACAACAUCCACUACCGUAGUAUAAUUUUUCUUUUCUAUUUCUUGUUCUGUUGAAUAAAUAAUUAUAUAUUUUGAUGAAUUUAGGGAAACAAACAUUUCUGGAGCACCAUUGACUACCAAAGUAGAAAAAAUUUAAAUGGUAGUCAAUGGUGCUUCAGAACUGGAAAUGCUAACAUUCUUACAAAUAUCUUUCUCUGUGUUCAUCAGAACAAAGACAUUUAUACUGGUAUGAAAUCAAAUGAGGUUCAGUGAAUGAUGACAGAGUUUUAAUUUUUGGGUGAACUAUCACUUUUUAAGUAGACACUGUUAAAAGUCAGAGAUCUUAAACUGUUCACGAUCAUUUGCGAUCAUUUUCAUCUGAAAGAGAUAUACACACUUUUCUGUGCAUACGUUCGUUCUAUGAAUCACUGGUACACACUUUGAGAAAUAUUGCGUAGAAAUCUUCCUAAAUUAGAUGUUACAAUCAUUUUAUAAAUGAGGGCUCAGGUUCCUUUCAUUGAGGGGCAUUUACCUGAAUGAUUAUUAUCAACAACAAGAUUACAGUCAAUAUCCCUUUUGUCUAAUAUUUUAUUUAUUUGAGGGACCUUAAGACUUUCUGAAGAUUAUAGUGGAAUCAUUCCUCACACCAACUCAGGACAAUUUGACAAAAACUCUUGUUAUUUAUCACCUUUAUACUGUAGCUGUUACCAAAAGAUAAAAGAAAAGGCUUCCCUUUUUCAAUAAUUUUUCAAAUGUAAAAACAGUCAUUCAUUUCCUUCAUUCUGUUUCAUUCCUGUAUGUUUUUGUACCAAAGAGAAACGUUGACAAAUUAUUACACAGCUUUAUUCUUUGCUUUUAUUUUGAAAGCCACUGGUCUGCAAAGUAAAACAUCCACUAUAUUAAAAGCUGUCAGAAGACAUUCUUAAGCGUUGUGUGGAACAGAUUGAAGGUGAAAUAUUGUGACUAAAUAAAAUGGGACCUUUACCGAACAUACAAGAAUUAUGUACUGAAAUAUUUGAGCUGCAAUCUAUGUUUGGAUUUAACCAGCUGAAAAUGUUAUUUUCAUACACGUGUCGUUUCACUUUAGAAGACACUGGACACUUUUAUGAAGCCUGUGGUCAACACUUUACAGUAGAUUCUAUUUUCUGUGAAUUUAAAGAUAUACAGAGAUUUUUUUGAUUGUUUGAGGAUUGUUGAACGGCUUGAGGUUGAAUGAAUGUUUUUAAAUCAGCUACAGUACUCUGUUUGUACAUGUUUAAUAAAGCAUAAUGCGCUCAGCUCCACAAACCGACUCCUAUGAUUCAUAAAUAUUUAAUUUCCCCCACUUCCUAUCAAAUCAAUAAAUAAAGUUCAUCCAAACCUUUUAUAGAGUGCAAGAAUGUUUCUUUCUCUUUAAACCGGUCUGGCAGGUGAUGGAUAAUACAUGAGGAUUAACAGAAAACUCCAGCGCACAAAACAAACACGAAACUCACUGCUCAUAUUCUCAGCACACGAUACUUGAUGUUUGUUACACCAUACACUCAUACAUAAUGUACAUCAAGACUUUAAUAUACUUCAACAUUCACAUUACUGACGUCAAUGUUAACUUGAAACUACUUUUACAGAACAUUUACAUUACAUUUAGACAGGGGUGCUGCCAGAAAUUCUGGGCCCUAUGGAAACCAAAAUUUCUGGGCCCCCUACAAAUAGGAAAAUAAAAAGGGGUCUGCUCUUCUGAGCCCUAAAUCAGCCUGGGCCCUUAGAAUCGUCCUAACCUUCCACCCCUUUACGGCGCCCAUGAAUUUAGAUGCUUUUUCCAAAGCGACUCACAAAUGAGGUAAACAAUGGAAGCAAUUGCAACAACAUAAGGACAACAAAAAGCAUAAGUGCAGUAAAACUGGUCUAACCCAUCACAGUAUACAAAGGUUCUUUUGUAAGGGGGAAGAAAUACUACAAAACAGACAUUAACACUGUCAUGACUCAUGACAACCUGAGUUCAUUUAGAACUUCAGUCUUUUCCGUGCUGAACUACUGUUACAAGAAAAGCAGCGGAGAGACACAACAAGCAGAAUCACUGAGAUCAGACUCUUCACUUCUGUUUCAUUUAAAGACAACAUACUGUUGUCACUCAAUGAUUUUCAAUAAAUAUCGACUGCCUUUAUUCUCUCAUAAUGAAAAAGAAAUCCUACAUGACCAGUGCCUUUAAUAAGACGCCAGCACAGCGAUUCAACAAUGAGGUGAAAGUUAAGAGUUUAAAGCUAAAAUAAAGCCGUGU